GUUCCCUUUUCCUUUGGGGUUUUCCUCUCUCUUUAGCUAAUUAAUUCUUUUGCUUCUACCGUUGUUUUCAUCGUUGUUGCUUCUUUAUAUUUCUACCUGCUUUUUCCUCCCCCCCAAAAAUUCCUCUGAAAUAGGUUUGUAGAAGGUUGGGUUUGUAGGUGAAUUUUGCUGUGGUUCCUUAUUUCCCCCCAUGUUUUGAUCAUUCACUUGGUUUUGCUAAGUCUCCCUUUACUGCUUGUUUCAGGUGAAGUCAGUUCUCACCUGGUUGCCCUUUUCCAUUGGCAGGUGGGGCCAAUCCAUGGCUUAAUGUGACCUGUCCUAUAAGCAGCAGAACCAAAUGGUUUAGUCUAGCUUAGUCCAGCUCCAACAGCUGCAUCCUGCUGGCAUUGGAGGAAAAAUGUGGGCUACCUAUUUUGGAUCUCUGUGUGACCUGUAGGAGCUCCAGAUGAAGAGGGCCACGUUUGUCUUGUGAUACCUGAUUAUGCUAAAUCAGCUGUGGUGGUCUUAGGCCUCUCUGUUUUACCUCCAAAAGUAAAAGGUUUUAGUUACUUUUGGGUUUGUUUUGUGAAAUAGAAUAGUCAUUCCCCUUUUGUAGAGUAGCCUAGGGAUCGCUUGCUUGCUUUUUGAGGAUGUGUGCCUAAAAAGCAGUUCCAUUGAACCCUGCAGUUGAUGAAGACUGGGUUCCUACAGCUCUCUGAAGAUGUCGUGAACCGAAUGAAACAAGAUAGAAGGGACCACCAGAGAUCACCCCACUCACCCAAUGGCACCGCAUCGUCACCAGCUGCAGAAGGGACACCCAAGUCUCCUACAGGAGUCCAACCACCAACAGCAAGUAACUCUGCUCAGAAGUCUUCUACAGCAGAGCAGGAACUAUAUAAGAGGUACGAGCAGGAACAGGCGCUGGUCCAGGAGGAGCUGCUCCGGCUGGCCAAGAGAGAAAGAGAAGCGGCCAGCGAGGCCUUGAACACUGCCCUUCAGCGGGAAAAGGACAGCAGUAGUGAAGAGAGACAGAGAGUGGCCCAGCUGCCUGCGGAUUUGGACGCCUGGGCUGUGGAGCUGCAGGGCAGGGAGGCAGAACUGAAGCGACAAGAAGCCUUCUAUAAGGAGCAGCUGGCCCGCAUCGAGAGGAAGAACGCCGAGAUCUACAGGCUGACGUCGGCGCAGUACCACGAGGCAGCCGCGGGCGCCGAGAAGUCCAUCAAGAGGAGGAGCACUGAUCCCGUCUGUUCAAGGCUGCAGUCUGAGAUUCUCAAGUGCUACCAAGAAAACAAACACGAAGUGCUCAGGUGCUCGGAGCUGGCCAAGGAGUAUCAGCGCUGCGUUAGCGCCGCCCAGAAGGAGCUAUUAGUUAAUUCUGGGUAAAGAGCAGCAGCCAUCCAAGAGCACAAAACAGGGACCACAGAUGCCCUCGGAAGCCCCAGCAUCCUUCUGGAUAGACGCUGACCAAACUGGUGCCUUCUGCCCAUAGCGGUCC